AUGCUUUCGCGGUUAGUAAGGCUACAGGCUCAAGCCAUUGGCCAGCAGUAUGCCUUCCUUUCAACGAGCAGAAUUGCACUUACCGAUAAGACGGUGAAGAUGUGGAUAGAUGGUCGCCCUGUCGAGUCCAAAACCAAUGACUGGAUUGAUCUAACCAAUCCUGUAAGUUCGACGUAUUGA